AUGUCUUCUACGUUAUUAUCUGUUUCAUUGAUUGUUCAUCUUUCUCUUCUAUUCAUUAAUUUCGUCACCUUUUCAUAUUCACAAAUAAAUACUAUUAAUAAAGCAUGUGCUAUAGGUGGUUCUUCUUGCGGUACAGGACAAGCAUGUAUCAAUGGUCUAUGUGAAUGUGAUCCAGUGCAUAGACGUUUCUGGACAGGCGAACAAUAUCAGUGUCGUGUUUGUCCACUAGACUAUAUUCGCACACCAACUCGAUGUUAUAAAUAUUUUAAAGCAUCAAAAAAUCACAGUGAAGCACGUGCUGAUUGUCGUAAUAAUCAUGCUGAUUUAUUUUCAUGGAGAGAUAAUUCUGAUGAAAAUGAAUUAUUAAAAGCAUCAGCAGCACAUUGGAAUUAUAAUUCUCUUUCUGUUAAAAAUCAAUUUUAUUCUUGGAGUGGUGGUAUGAUUCAUCAUGGUCAAGGUUCAAGAGCAGAAUAUAAAAUAACUUGGUUUGAUCCAAAAGCACCAACUAUUCCUCAUCCAGAUACAAAUGAUCCACUUACUGAACGAUAUUGUAAUGAAAUGGCGAUAGCAAAUUAUCAUGGAGAUCCUGAACCUACUCGACAAACUAAAAAUGGUGAAAAAGAAAAUUGUGUUACAAUUGUUUUUCUUCCUCAACCAAACUCACGUGGACAUAUUUGUAUGGCUGAUGAUUAUUGUUCAACACGAAUGGGUUAUAUAUGUGAAUUAACCGAAGCAACAUUAUCAGGACUUUUUCCAACACUUCCAACACCAGAUAGAAUAGUAGAUGGUCCUUCAGAGAAACCUUUUGCUGUUAAUGAACCAAUGAAUAAUGAUUCUAAACAAGAAGAGUUAACUGACGUGCUUUCACCAUUAGAAGAAAAGAAAGACUCGAGUCUAUUUAAUAUAUGGAUUUAUGUUGUUGUUGGUAUUGUACUUCUUGUGAUUAUUAUUAUUGUUGCAUUUAUUAUUAUUCGAAAUCGAAAAAAUAAUUAUCCAAAUAUGAAUGUUUCACCAACAAAUAGUAUUGUUACAUCAGUUAUGUCAAGCACCGAUGUACAUCAAAAUGCUUAA